AUGAAACGCUCGACAACCAGCCCAGUAUGGCCACCAAGUUCAACAACAAGAACGGAGGACGAGGACAAAUGCAUUGUAGUUAGUUUAUUUUUUAGGGUUGGACCCCGUAAAACGAGAAAAUUUUUCGAAUAAUUUAGAAAUUAUCAACUUCUUUUUAGUAUCUUUUUCAAAUUUUCAUCAAUUUUAACUAAGACUUCUUGUUUGUAGGAUUGGGUAGAAAUCAGUGAGAUUUUUAGUUUGAUAUUAGUAGUUUCAAAAAAUUAGGGUUUUUUUUUGGAUUCAAAAACAAGAUUGAUUUGAAUUCUUGAUAAUUAUAAAUUAAGAGACCAAAUCUCUUAAUUUAUCGAAUUUUCAAGAGUUGCGUUGAUCAGUCUUUUUUUUAGAGUUCAAUUAAAAAUCCGAUUUUUUAAAAAUAUAAAUUUGACUUCUUGUUUUUAUGUAGGAUUGGGUAGAAAUUAGUGAAAUUUUUAGUUUGAUAUUAGUAGUUUCAAAAAAUUAGGGUUUUUUUUGGAUUCAAAAAACAAGAUUGAUUUGAAAUCUUGAAAGUUAUAAAUUAAGAGACCAAAUCUCUUAAUUUAUCGAAUUUUCAAGAGUUGCAUUAAUCAGUCUUUUUUUUAGAGUUCAAUUAAAAAUCCGAUUUUUUAAAAAUAUGAAUUUGACUUCUUGUUUUUAUGUAGGAUUGGGUAGAAAUUAGUGAAAUUUUUAGUUUGAUAUUAGUAGUUUCAAAAAAUUAGGGUUUUUUUUUGGAUUCAAAAACAAGAUUGAUUUGAAAUCUUGAAAGUUAUAAAUUAAGAGACCAAAUCUCUUAAUUUAUCGAAUUUUCAAGAGUUGCAUUAAUCAGUCUUUUUUUUAGAGUUCAAUUAAAAAUCCGAUUUUUUAAAAAUAUGAAUUUGACUUCUUGUUUUUAUGUAGGAUUGGGUAGAAAUUAGUGAAAUUUUUAGUUUGAUAUUAGUAGUUUCAAAAAAUUAGGGUUUUUUUUUGGAUUCAAAAACAAGAUUGAUUUGAAAUCUUGAAAGUUAUAAAUUAAGAGACCAAAUCUCUUAAUUUAUCGAAUUUUCAAGAGUUGCAUUAAUCAGUCUUUUUUUAGAGUUCAAUUAAAAAUCCAAUUUUUUAAUAGUAUAAAUUUGAAUUAUUGUUUGUAGGAUUGGAUAGAAAUCAGUGAAAUUUUUAGUUUGAUAUUAGUAGUUUCAAAAAAUUAGGGUUUUUUUUGGAUUCAAAAACAAGAUUGAUUUGAAUUCUUGAAAGUUAUAAAUUAAGAGACCAAAUCUCUUAAUUUAUCGAAUUUUCAAGAGUUGCGUUGAUCAGUCUUUUUUUUAGAGUUCAAUUAAAAAUCCGAUUUUUUAAAAAUAUAAAUUUGACUUCUUGUUUUUAUGUAGGAUUGGGUAGAAAUUAGUGAAAUUUUUAGUUUGAUAUUAGUAGUUUCAAAAAAUUAGGGUUUUUUUUUGGAUUCAAAAACAAGAUUGAUUUGAAUUCUUGAAAGUUAUAAAUUAAGAGACCAAAUCUCUUAAUUUAUCGAAUUUUCAAGAGUUGCGUUGAUCAGUCUUUUUUUUAGAGUUCAAUUAAAAAUCCGAUUUUUUAAAAAUAUAAAUUUGACUUCUUGUUUUUAUGUAGGAUUGGGUAGAAAUUAGUGAAAUUUUUAGUUUGAUAUUAGUAGUUUCAAAAAAUUAGGGUUUUUUUUGGAUUCAAAAACAAGAUUGAUUUGAAUUCUUGAAAGUUAUAAAUUAAGAGACCAAAUCUCUUAAUUUAUCGAAUUUUCAAGAGUUGCGUUGAUCAGUCUUUUUUUUAGAGUUCAAUUAAAAAUCCGAUUUUUUAAAAAUAUAAAUUUGACUUCUUGUUUUUAUGUAGGAUUGGGUAGAAAUUAGUGAAAUUUUUAGUUUGAUAUUAGUAGUUUCAAAAAAUUAGGGUUUUUUUUUGGAUUCAAAAACAAGAUUGAUUUGAAUUCUUGAAAGUUAUAAAUUAAGAGACCAAAUCUCUUAAUUUAUCGAAUUUUCAAGAGUUGCGUUGAUCAGUCUUUUUUUUAGAGUUCAAUUAAAAAUCCGAUUUUUUAAAAAUAUAAAUUUGACUUCUUGUUUUUAUGUAGGAUUGGGUAGAAAUUAGUGAAAUUUUUAGUUUGAUAUUAGUAGUUUCAAAAAAUUAGGGUUUUUUUUUUGGAUUCAAAAACAAGAUUGAUUUGAAUUCUUGAAAGUUAUAAAUUAAGAGACCAAAUCUCUUAAUUUAUCGAAUUUUCAAGAGUUGCGUUGAUCAGUCUUUUUUUUAGAGUUCAAUUAAAAAUCCGAUUUUUUAAAAAUAUAAAUUUGAAUUCUUGUUUUUAUGUAGGAUUGGGUAGAAAUUAGUGAAAUUUUUAGUUUGAUAUUAGUAGUUUCAAAAAAUUAGGGUUUUUUUUUUGGAUUCAAAAACAAGAUUGAUUUGAAUUCUUGAAAGUUAUAAAUUAAGAGACCAAAUCUCUUAAUUUAUCGAAUUUUCAAGAGUUGCGUUGAUCAGUCUUUUUUUUAGAGUUCAAUUAAAAAUCCGAUUUUUUAAAAAUAUAAAUUUGACUUCUUGUUUUUAUGUAGGAUUGGAUAGAAAUCAGUGAGAUUUUUAGUUUGAUAUUAGUAGUUUUAAAAAAAUGUGUUGAAAAUUGUGUUGUUUUCUUUUUUUUAUCACUUCAUGAUAACAGAAUUCAGUUUUCCAAAAACAAAAAAAAAUAACAUCAGAAUUAAUUCUCGGUUUAAUCUACCGUAGUCUCUACCAAAUCACAUCAUUUCUCGCAGAUUAAUUUAUUUUUCCUUUUGUAAGAUAGAUUUCAGGGAGAAAAAAUCGCAUCUUUAUUUAUUUUAAUUUCCUAAUCGAAUUUCCUGCUCUCUUUUCUCGAACUCGCCAUUUUUUGUUCUUUUUCAAAAGAAUUUUAGCUACUGACUGAGAGCUCAGAAAAAGCUCAAAGAAGCUCGAGUCGCUUUUAUGUUUUUGCUCAUCUCGAAACAUGGAAACUUGGACUUUUUUACUGCUUACCAAGAAAAACAUAGUCCAAAAAAUUUUAGAACUAACAAAAAAUAGUUAUCUAAGUUACAGAACAAUUAUAUUUUUUCAAUCAACAUUUGAGAUUUAUCGCUUUCAAUAAAAAUAGGCCAUUCAGACUCAAAAAAAGUCCAAAAAAUUACGAGAUCAAUUUUUGUCGUGGCCUGCAAAAAAUUAGUGUAACAAUCUCGUUUUUUCUCUCCUUCAUCCAUUCAAACACCAUUUUUUUUUUCAAUUAUUUUUUUUAGAAAAAAAUUAUUAUUUUCCAAUUUUUCUCUAGCUUCUGCUUUAUUUUAUCAAAAAGAAUCACACAAUAAUAAUAAUUACUAUUAUCAUCGUGUCUUCUUCUCAUGUGAUUUUGUUAUCUGACAAAGAAAUUGUUGUUUUGCGCGAAUUUUUGUACUUUGUGUUCUGGAACCAUCAAGGUGUUGAUUUAGUAGGACGUAAAAAUUAGUGAAAACUGGUGAAAAUCCACGUAAAAUGAUUUUUAGAUACACUGAAUUUGGAAAACAAAUUCAAAAAUUGAGAUGGCUUCAAAAAAGCAUAGAGUUUUUUAGUUUUUUAUGAAAUUAUCUGUUUUCAUAUUCAAAUUUUGGGAUUGGAUGAAAUAUUUUACAGUAUAAAUGUAAGAUUCUGAAACUAUCUUUUUUUUUCCAAAGGCUUAUGUGAGUCGAGUUGCAUAAAAACUGAGGUUUAAAAAAGCUUCUCUCAAUUUUAGAUUUCGAGUCUCAAUAAUUUUUACUCUGAAGUUUUCGAAAUUUCUUGAAACGUUUCAGACCCGAAAUUCCUAAUUUUCCGUUUAUCUGAAGUUCUCUCCAUAAUAUCGCGAUACACGUUUUGCUUUUAGUCUUUAGUCGGGCCGUGAAUAUCACGAACCUUCCCUUUGAACUCUGAUUUUUCGCUCCACUCAAAAUUUCCACAUGAACAGCAUCAUAAAUAUUUGCAACUCUUAUCAAAAUAAAAGCCGAUUUCAGACACUUUAUCACAUUUUCUGUUCUGAAAGAGAAUGGCGUGAAACCCUUUUUUUGGUCUGUUAUCAGCUGACACAGACACACAAAAAACCCUCUUUCAACAAACAAAAAAUAAUCAAUUUCAAAAUUUUUAUUAUUCACAAAAAACGAGAGAAAAUUAAGAUAAAACAGUGUCAUUUUCGUGCUAAUUUUUCAACAAACAAAACAAAGUUCUAUUUAGUUUUGUUGAGUUGAUUGAUUGAGAUUAUGAGUUCAAAAAAACAUUACGAAACAAUUCCGGGAUUCUCUGGAAAGGUGAGUAAAUACGGUAGCAGGAAACAUAGAUUUUUCCGAUGCGUAGAUUUGAACGCGAAUUCUUGAAUCUAGUUUUUUUUUCCAAAUUUUAGACAUCUUGAUUGUUACACCGAAGAUCAGCUAAAUUUUUAAUGGAAAAAAAUGAAAGAUAUUUUUGACACGUUUGCGUAAAAAAUUAACAGAAAUUUGUCAUUUCUAAUUUUUAUUAACUUGUAAAAAUGGUUGACUCAGUCGAAGUGAAGUGAAGUGAGUUGAAAUUAGUCAUCAUUACUGUAGACUAUCCACAAUUACUGUAGAAGACCCCCGGAUACUGUAAAAAAAAUUAGGAAUCCAACUACUGUACUGAGCAGAUUUCCUCCAUCUGUUAUUUGGCCCUGAAAUUUUGCCCUAUUUUGCAAACAACAAAAAGUUCCGUUACCAACAUUUUACAGUUUGUGUUUAUUUUAUUCUCAAAGAUUUGCAUAAUAAUAAAACAAUUAUUAUUCAAAUAUUUUUCCGCGAUCAUAUGAAUUUUUUCGCACCAAAUUCUACAGUAACCCACCCAACUAGAACUUUUUCCAUUUCUAUUUGCUCUAUUUCUCUCACACUUUUUUCAGAAAAAAAAGCAUAAAAAUAGAGAAUAUUUCGAAAUUUUUCGUCACAUGAGAUUUGUCUCGUUUUCAAUACUUUUUUAUGAAAUGUGAUAUUUUUAUUGAAAAAAAGUAUGUCAAUUUUUUUUUUGGGUUGAGACACCCACGUGUUAAGUUGGCGUAAAAAAUAUGCGAUCCCCUUAAGAUUACAUUUUUUCGUAUAACUUCUGGCCAAAAAUAAAUAUGAAAAAUACUAAUCCACUCGUUUUUUUUUGCAUCAAAAUAUAAUAUUUGCUUUUCAUUUUUUGUGUUGUGUUGGCCAAUAAAAUCCACGUGUAGAUUCUAUGGAUUUUCAAGCAUUGUCACGUGGCAACAAUCUUAAUAAAGCUAUUACGUGGCAAAAUUUUGUAAUAAAUCUUGGCUAAGGUAGUAGUUUCCAAAUAUAUAAAUCCUAGUUGUCAAGUAGCCGCGCCUAGAGAAUCAAACUUUCAAGGAUAAUAGAUCUCAUUUCUCAAGUUACCGUGCCUAGACUGUCUUGUAAUUGGGAAGAAGGAAAAUCUUUUAGAGUUCAGACCUCAAAUCUGUAUCCUAUUUUAUUAUUAUUACAAAUAAAAUUUUCCCAUGAUUUUGUAGUAGGCGAGUCUCAAAAUACUUCUAAAAAUAAUUUCUGUAAUUUUUCGAAUGAAACCUUGUCGAUAAUACUCUGCCACAUCAUCUUUGUUUUCCUGGACUAUGUUGAGAAAGUGAUUGAAAUUAGUAAGUAAGCUUGGAAAAAAUUGAAGUGGUAUAGUCUGAUUUCAUCAUAUUUUUUGAGUGGAAAAAUUAAGGUUAGGGAAGAUUUUGUAAUGAUGUGCACUUUUCCGCGAAAAAGUGUCAAUUUUUCCACUCAUUUUUCACUCAUUCGUCGCCAUCAGAGUUGUAGAAUCACAUUUCAUGGUAAGAUUUUUUGUGAAAAAGUUAUUACAUGGAAAAACUUCGUUUAAAAAUUGAAGCCUUUUUUAGGCGGUAUUUUUAGAUGAUACUGUGAAUCUGAAUUUUCCACUCACUUUUCAUCCAUUCAGAAAAUCCACGUAGCAUAAUUUGAAUUCAGAAUUCUGUGCGCUGUUCAAAGUUUAAAUUCGAACUUUUCUACAUCCCUUUGAAAAACCCUUCGAAACAUCCCAAGCUCUACAGAUUUUUUUUUGAAUUCAUUCAUUCAUUCAAAUAAAUCCUCGCAAAAAAUAUGAAUUUUUCCACUCAUUUUUCAUCCAUUCAUCAUCACCAUGAAGCUCAAAAAAAUGUAUAUUAUUUGCCUUGGGGUCCACUUUCCUCCUCCUCCUCCUUGCUUUUUUUUCCCUUCAUCUCACAAUAUAUUUUUUUUGUGUUGUCCUGGUCAUCUCUUCUCUUCGUUUUUUUCGUCGGCGCGCGUGCUUCAUUCUUCUCCUUCUUCUCCCCAGUUUUUCUUUUAUGUCUCAUCAUUUUCUCUAACAAACUGAGAGAAAGGAAAAAAAAACGAGGGAAUAUUUUAUACAUACACAAUGUGUCGUUGGGUGCGCCUUGCACUCACCACACAAAAAGUCACUCGCGUUUUUUUUUUUGGUUGUCACAACUCGCCUUUUUCGCGUUUUCGCCUGGCCUAAACAUUUUUUUUGGUGGGUGGGGUACUGUAGGUUUUAGGUCUUGAAGUUAGUAGAGCUAGGGAUACUGUAGAUUUUAGGAUCUUUCGAACUUUCUGGAUUUUUUAUUCUAUGGGACGGAGGGGAGGGGUACUGUAGUUUUGAGAUUUUUUGAAUUCAUGAAACUUUUGAAUUUUUUGAGAAUCAACGGAAUCUAGGAUUUUUUUUUUUCAAUUUUUUGGAAUCUUCGAAAUCGAGGGCCCUGAAUUUUUUAUUUGGUCAAAAUUCCCAAAAGUCUAGACUUAGGCUCUGAAAAUUCCACGUGGCUUAGUUAGAGCCCAGAUUUUGAGAAGGGCUCUGGAGAACUCUAGGUUUUGUAGGUACUGUAGAAAAUUGUUGUGGAAUUUUUUUCCCAAAAAUUUAUGGAUUCGCGGAAUUUUUCUAACUCUCUUCUAAAAAGCGAAAAUUCUGAUUGUGAGGCGUUUUUGGCUAGUUUUUUUUAUUUGCCGAUUCUAGAAUACUGUAGAUGAAAGUUUUCAGAAGCAUCUCAAGUUUUGUAUCUCUAGAGUACUGUAGAUUUAAUGUUAAGAUCUAUGAAAAAUUCAGAAUUUUUUCUAAUUGCAAAAAUUUAGACAUUUCCAAGGUAAAGUAGAUUUUUUUGUUUUUUUAGUUUCAAAACUCUAUUUUCUCUUGUCAAAUACUGUAGACUUCGCGUGUGUUUCUGAAAAUUCCAGUAUUCAAUUUCCUUUCUCUUUUCACUUCAAUUUCAAUUUCAUCUACUCCCCCUCAAAAAGUUCCAAAUUCCUAGAUAUCUACUUACAAGAUCCACAUGUUUUUUCCUUGGCGAAAAAUUUGAUUAUGAUGACGAGUGUGUUUUUGUCUGUUUGAGGAGGGAUGAGUGGGAAAAAGAGUGAACUUUGAGAUUUUGUACUUUUUUUGAGAGCCCUGAUUGAGAUAAAAAUAGACAAUUUCUUUGAAUUUCAGAAACGAGAAAAAACUAAUUACACACUAACGACUUCUAAGAACUACAUUUCUAGAACUUUAGAGUUUUGAAUAAUUUUUUCGAAAAAUUUCGUUUUCCGUUUUUUCAAUUCACUUUCUUUCAUUUUCUCAACAAAAAAUCUAAUAAUAAAAAAUCGUUUUGCACUUGGUUUGCACUUGUCGUGGGAACAAAAAGUGCACCCAACUUUCUCUAACUCCCUCUCUCUCUCUCUCUCUUAUUUUUUUCCUAUUUGCACAAAAAAUUGUCAUUUUCUUCAUUUUGUCAUACGCCCUUUUAUGACUCAAAAAUUGGCCAAAUUAUUAUUAGUUUUUUCCUGACUGAAAACAAGUUUUUUGUAAAAAUUUUUGAUAGGGAUCUUCGAAAAAAUGUCUUAUUCGCGUUGGAUUCUUUGAUACAGUACAGUAUUCCUUGCAGUUUGGUAAAAGGGGGCGUUGAACUUUGGCGCCAGUUUUUCUGAUCAGAAAAAUAUACUUUUCUGCCUCGAACUUCGAAAAAAUCUAUUUUUAUCCUCUUUUUUUCUUCGUCAUUCUAUCCGACAUUUUUUUAUUCAUGAACAUUCCCCAAAAAUGUAUCACAAUUUUUGUUUCAAAUUUUUGUUGAUAAAAUUGCAUUUUGAAAAAAAAACAAAAACAAAUUGUGUUUUAGUCUUUUUUGUUUUGUUACUUUACAGUCUGAAAAUAUUUUCAUUUCUCAUUUUUCGACCAGAACUACAAUCAAAACCAAAACCAAAAAAAAUUGGUCACGAUUUGUUUAUUUUCUGUCGUUUUUGCCGAAAAAUGAAUGAUGAUUGAAAACUCGUUUGGAAAAAAAGAGAACAAAAAUAACCUUGAAACAUUUUUUGGCGUCAAACAAUAUUUUUUGAUUUCUGUUUUUUGGGUAACACUUCCGAGUUCAAAACCCGACAUUGACUAGGAUUUUAAAGAAGUCGUAAAUCUACGUGACAAAAAAUCCGCGCCAAAAAUCACAUGAUUCAAGUUUUGCAACUUUUUCUCACGUGGAUUUAUAUAGACGUCACGAGUUUUUAUUUCCAGUUUUUGGGGUUGUUUUUAUUGAGUACUACUGUAGGAACCAAAAAUUUCAUUCUUCACGCAAUAAACUGAAAUGGCUUUUUUUCUCAUUUUUAAUUUACUGCGUCAAACUUUUUUGAGAAUGUGAUCUAUAACAAGGUUAAUAUACCAUCUGAUUCAUCUCAACGAGACGAAUCGAAUGGUUUAAUCAAAAUACUAUGAAACUUUCUCUAAAUUGCGCAAUUAUUGCUGAAAACAACUUUAAAUUUUUUGUGUGCAAACACCAUGACGCACAAAUACACAAACAUCAUACCGUAGUAAAAAUUCGGGCGUCCAAAUAUUUUUUGUUGUUGUUUCGCUACUCCUUUUCAAAGUUUUUUGCAAUCCUAAAUGUUUUCUGUUUCUAGAAUAAAGCCGAUCGUAUGGGCCCUGGCGGCUCUUGCCGUCCAACAACAAGAACGCUCAAUGCGGGAAAUUCUGGAACAAAUGGAGGUGCAACUGGAAACAGCGGAGGAUCGAAUGAUUUGGAUUUCGAAAUUUUCGCAUAUCGUACAACCACCUGGAGAACUGUAAGUUCUUGUGAAGAAAUUUGAAUAACUUUUUCUGAAUGGGAAACGGAAGAAAACGUUUUGUGAUAGAUCAAAAGAAAAAUUUCGAACACACCCACAUUUUUUGUACCAAGGACAUUAUUAUUUUAUUUUCUUUUGAAGAAGGAGAGAAAAAAAAUAAAGAAAGCACCGGAAAUCCGGAAAAAUCUAUAGUCAAAGUGACUAUGGUUUUGACCCCAGGAAAGGGAAGGAACUAAAAAUGAUUUUUUUUGCAGAUUUUCUUCUAUAUUUUCUCCUUUGGAACAUGUGGUAUAUUUCGGCUGAUUUUGCACUGGUUUCCAAAACUUUUUAUCGAGUUUCGCGCCAAACGUUGCUCGGUUCAAAAUGCUAAUCUGGUACUUGUGAUGUAAGUUUUUGUUAGGUCGACCCCUCGUUCCUCACCAAAAUCAAUUUUUAUUUCAGUGAUAGUCACGAGCGUUCCGAAAUCUGUCGUGUUUUCUAUCGAAAUCGUAAAAGUACUGAACAUACAGUUGUUGCUCAUACAGAUGGAAGUCUUAUCGAAUUCGACGAAUUACGAUGGUUUUUCUAUCGUAAACUUCAAUACACGUGGAUCGAUGGUGAAUGGACGACAGCGUCUCGCGCAUUUUCAAGUGUAACUCCAGAAAAUAUGACAAAAAUGACGAAAGGAUUGACUGAUGAUGACGUGGCACUACGACAAACAUACUUCGGACAAAAUGUGAUGACUGCUGAAUUGACACCGUUUUUUGAAAUUGUUCUCAAAGAAAUAUUGACACCUUUCUAUAUAUUUCAAGCAUUCAGUGUUACAGUUUGGUAUAUUGAUGACUAUGUUUGGUAUUCAACUUUGAUCAUUUUAAUGACAUCUUAUUCAAUUAUUUUGACAUUGAGACAAACAAGACAACAAGAAUCUCGAAUUCGAUCGAUGGUUGUUGAACAUGAUGAAGUUGAAGUAUUGAGAGAUGAUGGAAGAGUUCGAACUAUUGAUAGUAGUGAGGUAAUAACAAUAUAUAUUCAAAUUUAAAUUAAAUUCUAAAUAAUAUAAUUAAUUUUAGGUAGUGCCUGGCGAUAUUUUGAUAAUUCCACCACAAGGAUGUAUGUUAUAUUGUGAUUGUGUUCUUUUGAAUGGAUCUGUUAUUGUCAAUGAAAGUAUGCUAACCGGUGAAUCGAUUCCAAUCACAAAAACCGCAAUUUCGGAUGAUGGACAUGAAAAGUAUUUUUCAAUUGAUAAACAUUCGAAAAACGUGUUAUUCAAUGGCACAAAAGUUCUUCAAACCAAAUAUUAUAAAGGUCAACAUGUGAAAGCAUUGGUUAUUCGAACUGCUUAUUCAACAACAAAAGGUCAAUUAGUUCGAUCAAUUAUGUAUCCAAAACCAGCCGAUUUCAAAUUCUUAACUCAAUUGAUGAAAUUUGUUGGAGUUUUAUCGAUUGUCGCGUUAUUUGGAUUCCUUUACACUGCGAUUGUUUUGAUAAUCAAUGAUAAAUCAGUAUGGAAAGUAUUGAUUCGAGCAUUAGAUCUUGUUACAAUAACAGUUCCACCAGCUCUUCCAGCCGUUAUGUCAAUUGGUAUUUACUAUGCUCAAAAACGUUUAAAAAAGCAAAGUAUAUACUGUAUAUCUCCAACAACAAUUAAUACGUGUGGUGCAAUCGACGUGGUAUGUUUCGAUAAAACGGGUACACUCACUGAAGACGGUCUUGAUUUCUAUGCUGUUCGGAUGGUUGAUGAGAAGAAAUGCGAUUUACUUGAACCGGUUACAAAAAUCACAAGUGAUUCAAUGUGUCGAAAAAUGGUAACAGCAAUGGCAACGUGUCAUUCGUUGACUAAAAUUCAUCAGGAAUUACACGGUGAUCCAUUAGAUGUUAUUUUAUUCGAACAAACUGGAUUCACUUUGGAAGAUAUGGAUGAUGAUGAAAGUGGAAGCGAAUCAGAUCAUUCUGUUCAACCAAUUCUUGUUCGACCAUCUUCAAAUACACCAGAUCAAACAGAUAUGUCAAUUAUGAAACAAUUUAUAUUCAAUUCUGCAUUACAAAGAAUGUCUGUAAUUGUAUCCGGAAAUCAAACCUUGAAAGCAUAUUGUAAAGGAUCGCCUGAAAUGAUUGUAUCAUUGUGUAAACCUGACACUGUUCCUGAAAAUUUUCAUGAUAUUGUGGAAGAAUAUACACAACAUGGUUAUCGAUUGAUUGCGGUUGCUGAGAAAGAUAUCGAAAAUGGGACGGGAAUUUCGAAAAUUUCGAGAACAAGUGUUGAAUGUGAUUUGGAAUUAUUGGGAUUUGUUGCGUUGGAAAAUCGAUUGAAACCAGUUACAAAAGAAGUUAUCGAUGAUUUGAACAAGUGAGUUUGAAGAAUUUUUUAGGGGGAAUUUCGAAUUUAUAAAAACAAAUAGGAAUUGAAAAAAAUUGUGGAAGAUAUUGUAAUAGUUUUGAAAAAAAAUGUAGAAUUAAUCAAGAGAACAAAUUUACAAAUUUUGCAGAGCAAAUAUUCGAUCAAUAAUGGUAACUGGUGAUAAUUUAUUGACAGCUCUUUCUGUUGCUCGAGAAUGUUCUAUAAUUGGAGAAGAUAGAAAAGCAUAUCUGAUUGAACAUCAUCAAAAUGAGACUGAUAAUCGUGGUCGACCAAUUCUAACACUUCGACAUAGCGAGAUCGGAAAUUCGAGAAAUAUAAAAUGCAGUGAUUUGAGUAAACUUGCCUCAAAUGAUUUUCAAUUUGCAAUAUCUGGUCCAACAUUUAGUGUUGUCAGUCAUGAAUAUCCUGAACUUCUCGAUCAAUUAGUUUGCGUUUGUAAUGUUUUCGCAAGAAUGGCACCAGAUCAAAAACAACUUCUUGUCGAACAUUUACAAACAGUUGGUUCAACAGUUGCUAUGUGUGGAGAUGGUGCAAAUGAUUGUGCAGCUCUAAAAGCUGCACACGCUGGAAUAUCACUUUCAGAUGCUGAAGCAUCGAUUGCUGCGCCAUUCACAUCAAAAAUAGCUGAUAUUCGAUGUGUUAUUACAAUGAUUCGAGAAGGACGUGCUGCAUUAGUUACAUCAUUUUCAGCAUUUCUUUGUAUGGCUGGAUAUUCAUUGACACAAUUCAUAUCAAUUUUAUUGUUAUAUUAUAUUGCAACAAGUUAUUCACAAAUGCAAUUUUUAUAUAUCGAUAUGCCAAUUGUCACAUUAUUAGCUUGGUUGUCAUCUCGUGCAAAAGCUCAUACAUCACUUGCACCAAAACCUCCACCAACAAGUAUUUUGUCUGUUUCAAGUAUGGUUUCAUUAUUUGGUCAACUUGCGAUUGGUGGUUUCUCGCAAAUCUUGGUCUUUUGCUUGAUAACACUUCAAGAUUUCUUUGUACCAUUCAAAGGAACACAUCAAGAUGCAGAAGAUGAAAGAAAAAGUAUGCAAGGAACUGCGAUAUUUUAUGUAUCAAUGUUUCAUUAUAUUGUGCUAUAUUUUAUAUUUGCAAAAGGACCACCAUAUCGAGCAAGUUUUCUAUCAAAUCGACCAUUUGCAUGGGCAAUUCUUGUUAUAACAAUUGUUUGUAUUUGGGUUGUUACGUGGAGUUUUACACCGGUUCAUACAUUUUUGGGAUGUGUUGAGAUUCCAUUCGAAUUUCGUUUGAUUAUUCUCGCAAUUGCUGCUGUCACUGCAAUUAUUUCUCUUAUUUUCGAUCGAUUUUUGGACAAAAUAUCUGCAUAUAUCAGUGAAAUGUUAGUUUUUCUAUUUUUGGAAGACUUUUUCUGAUCAUAUUUUUUUCAGAAUUCGUCAACGUCGGAAACGAAACUAA